CGUAUCUGUAUUUUCACCAUUCGACGCCAUUAUCAAAUCCCAUCCUCACAUUAACAUCACUGCAUCCAAUUUUGCUUCCGCAUUCGCUGACCUGCCUCUGUGGGUGCCAAAUUGGCGCCAGUGGAUAGAAAGACAACUUGUGGAGAGCUAUAUGCGCGCCCAAUAUGGGUAUCCUCCCCUUUUGACCACUCCAUGUGAUCAUUCGGUGAUACUGGCACGGCUUCGGCUCGCUAGCACCGUCUUCGUUUAUUCUGAUCAGUGUAACUUUUACCCUUCUCACCGUAUGCUGACAUACCCGGAGGUGCUGGCCUAUCAUCGUUUUGUCGACCCGCCUAGCAUUUAUGCGCGGAAUGCGAUAUUUCUCGCACAACAUACCCUGGGUGGCCGCCUUUGGUCUCUGCAGGUAAAUGAAAAUGCAAAACCGGUAGUCGUACCUUUUACAGAAGCUGCUGAUAUCAUUCGCGCAUGUCAUAUGAACCCGGAGACCACCACCGUCGACGAGAUGGACACGCUUGAUGCAAGGCUUCGUUGCGAGUGGUGUCUCGCCGUUCUACAGCGGAAUCUAGUUAUGACUUGGCGUACAGCUAUGUAUCAUGCUGCCGUCAUUCAUCACGGGUCAUUUGAUCACGACCGUUUCACAGCUUCAUCGCCGUUCACGCUCGUCCAGGGUGAAGACGAUACCAGGGCCCGAGCCUUCGAAGGCAAAUUCGAGACUUUUCGCGAGGAUACGGUCCGUUUUAUCUGCCUGUUGUGCCGACGGUCUGUGGGUGACGCACUGGAUAGUUCAGACAUGGUGAAGCAUCUCCUCGGCGAGCACGAGGUACUAGAGAUAGCAUCAGGCGUCCACUACGCUUUUGACCCAAUUAGUGCGCCCCACAUACUCUCUCCUGUCUUGCUGGAGCAUCAAGACGCUGGGGACUAUUCCACUGGGCAUCCACAACAUCCCUAGGCGAGUGGAUGGCGCGUCAUUUCAACAAUCCAAGCUUUUCACGUUAUCGAAUACACUGAUAUCACGCUCGCAACGCUUAUGUCGUGAUGCUUUCAUCUUGCCGUCGUUGUUUUGCAUAUUAGUUAUCUUGUUUUCUCAUAUGGAAAUUCUCUUAUCUAUCAGACUUGUAUCAGAUUAUUAAUAGAUCUACUAAGGCAGAUCGCAGCCCCUAUGUAUAGCAUAGCAAUUCAGAUUC